ACUGAGUUAUUACAUCGGCGUCUGUCGCACGCGAAGGACGCCUCUUUCACAUAAAUGUUUUUACUUACGUUAAUAUGCGCGUUUGCGCUUACUAAAGCUCAAGCACAAUAUGAUCCUAUCGUGAAUACAGCACAGGGACGGAUACAAGGCUCAUUGGCAGCUGAUGGCAACUACUACGUCUUUUAUGGAUUAAAUUACGCCGGAUCAGUAUCUGGAGAGAACAGAUUCAAGGCGCCGCCUCCUUCGCCUUCGUACCCCGGUAUUUUCCACGCAAUCAACAGCGGUGUGAUAUGCGCCCAUCCCACAUCACGAGGCAUCGUCGGUGUUGAAGACUGUCUGACCCUCAGUAUCCACACUGCCAACCUGACCGCCUCUCAGCCGGUACUGGUGUGGCUGCAAGGUGAAGAGUACACAACUACUGACACUACGCUACGUUCUUUCAAGAAUUUUGCCGAUAGAAAUGUUGUUGUGGUCAAAGUAAAUUACCGCCUGUCUAUCUUUGGAUUCUUAUGUCUUGGAGUACCAGAAGCACCGGGCAAUGCCGGUCUCAAAGACGUUGUUCAAGCAUUGAAAUGGAUAAAAGAUAACAUUGCCGGAUUCGGUGGAAAUCCCAAUAAUGUCAUACUCUUUGGUCACGGAUCAGGCGCAGCGAUGGUUGACAUCCUUACUCUGUCGCCUUCCGCUGAACAUCUUUUCCAUAAGGCCAUAACUCAAAGUGGGUCUGCAUUGUCCCCCGGGGCUAUAGCGUAUAAACCGAUCGAAUACGCUGAAGAGUUCGGCGCUAGACUUGGGAACUUAAGAAAAUCAAGACAAGAAUUAGCAAGACUGCUUACAACAACAGAUAUAAGUUUAUUAGCCACCGUUCUCACACAAUUUGAAUUCUUCAACAACACAGCUUUGUUCGCUCCCUGUAUUGAGAAUAAUGUUGACAGUAACAACACCAUUAUUGCCGAAGCUCCGAUUAAUAUUAUUCGUUCUGGUAAAUACAAUCAUGUGCCUUAUUUGUCUGGAUACACGAACAAAGAAGGAACAAUAAGAGCUGAAGAAGCAGCUUACAAGCGAUGGUUGAACUGGAUGCAGACAAAUUUCGAUAACUUUAUCCAAGUAGAUUUAGAUAUUUCAAGGAAUUCAAAUAAAACUGCUAUUGUUCGAUCGAUACGGGAAUUCUAUUUCGGACAAAGAAUGAUUGAUAUGGCCACUAUCGAAAAUUAUUUAGAUUACCAUGGAGAUACAAUGAUCCUAGUGUCAACUAUUAGAGGAGUAAGAGAGAGAGCAAUAACUUCUAAAGCUGCAGUAUACCUUUACGAAUUUGCUUACACAGGAGCGUUAAAUUCUGAUUGGCCCUUGCCGCAGAUACCACUGACUGGUGUGAGGCAUGGAGGACUUUUGAAGUACCUGUACAAUUUCAAUUUAACUCGAGCUGAUGAAUUUAUGAUGGAAACAAUUAUGGAUCGUUAUUUAGCAUUUAUUAACAAUGGGACACCCGCUAUUCCGAACACCGCGUUAUGGGAACCUAUAUCAAACUUCAGAUUGCCAUAUUUAAUGCUAAAAGGUGGUGAAUUUGCACCAAAUAUGUCUACGUCUAAUGUAUACCAGGGUUUCAAUCCCCAUGAAAGGACUAUGACAUUCUGGAACGAAAACUACGCGAGAUUGUACGUUGCUCCAUCUCCAGUAUCGUCAGCGGCGAAACUCAUGAGUUUAUUCCUUCUUAUGGGUCUAUCUCAACUAUUGUUAAAUGUAUUUUAAACGGAUAUUUAGUGUACAGUUGAGGACAUUUAUUUCCUACCCGUCUGUCAUUUUAAAUGUUAAAUUUUUAUUAAAGCUGGAGUAUAGUAUGCUGUACUAUACCCGAUCCAAUGUGGAA